AAUCAUCUGUGUAUAAUGUAUCCUUCAGAGUCCAAAAAUGAGGUUGUUGAACUGGGCACCACUGUCGCCUUAAACUGCACCAGCAGGAAGAUCGCAUGGAAAGACAUGUUUUUUGUCAUCUGGAAAAUAAAUUUGAAGGGCAAAGAGUGUAAAAUUGCUGUAGCUAAAAAUGACUCAGAUUAUGACACCUGUCAAGAUGGGAAAAAGCUGACACACACAGCAGAGGGAACCUACCAACUGAUCAUCCCAAAUUUUUCUGUUGAAGAUGAAGGAACUUACACGUGUGACACUUCGUACACAUCAGGUGGUUCAAUGGACGUGAUCACGGUCUCUGCAUGGGCACGUCCACACUUAUCUGGCUGGCUGGAAUAUCAGAAUGGACACACUGUUGCUGUGUGUGAAGCUACAGGGAAACCACGAGCCUCUAUCCUUUGGAAAGCACUGUGGAACACAUCCCUUCCUGUCACACAAGCAACUGAGCGUGAAGGGCAGGUUUCUACAGUGAUUAGUCGCUUACACAUUCCUCGGCAUGCUUCUCAUAGGAACCUUACUUGUGUGGCCACUGUUAAAGACCUCAAGACUCAAUUUAGUAACUUUACAUUUAGAGGUAAGCCAUCCAGGUUCUACGAUCUACAUUACUUUAUUGUUAUCAAAUAAAUUAAAUUAACCAAUACAAUGAAAUAUGAAAUACAAUGCAGAAAAAUACAUAUGAUCUAUGAUCAGGUAAAGAAAACAAGUAUUUCAAUUAAUAUAGCACAAAUUAAAAACUUAACAAAUUGACCCAAGUGUAAAAGUAUAAAAUCACAGAUAUUUGGCAAUUAGGAAUUUACAGGAAAAAAACUCCAAGUAAGUGAAGAAGAAAACAAUUGAACACAUGGAAUUAUAGAAAAAUAAGCAAUGUGAUGAUGUGCAGAGUUACUGUUAUAUGUCAUUGUCCUAUCACAUCACAUAUUCAAUAGAUAAAGUCAAGUCAAAUUAAUUUUUAAAGCUUAUUUAACACAGCUUAAUUGACCAAAGUGCUGUACAAUUCUAAAAUAGCUGCAGACAUAUAAACUGACAAAAAACAGACAAUAAUAAUACAAUAAAAUAAAAUCCAAAUAAAAACAAUAUAUAACAAUAAAAACUAUAAAAUUAGCAAAUAAAACAAUAAAUAAACAAAAGUAAAACAAAAUAAAUAAAAACAGCAAGAAGAACACCUCAUCACUCUGUAUUAAAAGACAAUGUGUAUGAAAAGGUUUUAAGGUGAGAUUUAAAAAAAGAGCUGGGGCCUAUCUGAUGUACUGGGGCAACUCAUUUUAAAUGUCUUCCUGUUUAUGUGUUUCCGUUAAAAACGUACUGCAGCAUUUUGGACCAGUUGCGGCUGUGCAAUCGAGGCCUAGCCAACACCAACAUAGAGGAAAUUACAAUAAUUGAGUCGAUAAAAGCGUGUAUAACAUUUUUAAGAUCAUUUUUUUUUAUUUGCUUGUCCUGUUUAAAAUCACUGUCCAAUAAAACACCCACAUUUUUAGUAGUUGAUUUUACAUAAAUUUUAGGGAACACGUCUCAGGGAAAUGGUUAACACAGGCUCCAUUAGGUCCAAAUACUAUGACUUUAGUUUUAGUCUCAUUAAGAGUCUACAGCUACAGCCAUCCACAC